UUCAAUUUAUUUAACGUAUUCGAGACCGUAGAGAAGGGUCUAAUCGGAAAUUCGGAAUCAAUGGAGUCGAAAAAGGUCCCUCUCAGGCAUCGCAGCGAUCAGAACAACGGCACUGGCAGAGAAAAGAGGCUUAAACGGAAGGAGAUACUGGAGAAGAAGAAAUCAAAAGAUGAACUGAUAAAAGCAGCUUCUUCUGAUGGCUACCCUCUCGCUGCUUUCCCUGCCUCUCGCCAUUACAAUGGAAAUGGCCUGUCUGUGUGUUUGGAAUCUGGGUCUGGAGACAAACUUUCCUCUCCUGUUAAGCAAUACAUUCAAAACCUCCUUAAGGCCAAUAUGGAGGGGCAGUAUGGUUCUGAGUGGCCUGCAGAAGAAAAGGUGAAGCGUAGGGAAAUGGUUGCUCCAGAAGCACGCUAUAUAUUUAUUUAUGAGGCAUUGAGUGCAAGUUCCAUUGAGACUUCAACAACUUUCGAAAGUGAAAGGAGACUUACUGAUUGUGUCGGAUGUAAGCGACCCUUGGUUGGAUUUGUACACUACCGGUUUACUCUGGAGGAAGAAGUUCCUGUUCUUUAUCUGUAUGAAAUACAGCUUGAGUCUCGCAUCCAAGGGAAAGGACUGGGGGAGUUCUUAAUGCAGUUGAUCGAGCUAAUUGCUUGCAAGAAGCGCAUGGGUGCCGUGGUUCUAACUGUUCAAAAGGCAAAUUUGUUAGCUAUGAAUUUUUAUAUAAGUAAGCUGAGAUAUGUUAUAUCAAGUAUUUCUCCAUCAAGAGUUAAUACAUUGACAGGAGAUGAAAUGACUUACGAAAUUCUCUGUAAAGGAUUUGAUGAUGAAGCUAAAGCUAUACUGGAGGAAAUUGGAUGAAUUUGUGAAGAAUGUCCCUACAGCUCAGUACCCGAAAUCUUUAAGGUGUAACUUCUCUCUCUCUCUCUCCAAGUCAGCCUUUUGUCUAUCCAUCUACUUCACAGAAUUGGCACUGUUUUAAUCUAAAGCAAUCUUUAAACUUGUACUUUAUUUUGUUUUUUGGAAGUAGUUUGCAUACUGCAGCUCAGUAGCUCUUUCGUUUGUUCAGUUGGGCACGAGGGGUUCUCCACUUUGUUCUUCUUAAUAACUUGUCCUUCUAAGUUAAAAAAAAUGAGAACACAAUAGGAAUAAAGAAUAAUUCUAUGGUAUACAUUAGAAUUGCCUAGAAGGGGAUACAGUCGAUCAUUUUUUUACUCGUCAAGUUCAUCGAUCAAGGUAACAAACUUUGAAAUGUAAUAAGCUAUCUGCCCAAAAACAGAAAUCAUGAGUGCUACCAAUAUGCUUAAGUUGUUGCUAGUAGAUUGGUUUACUGAUCUCUGGUGUGCUCUUAGCUUUAAGUUGUUGCUAGUAACACAUCCCUAUUCUAAAUUUCUAAUCAGAAAGGGUGCUGAUUGCUGAACCACCCAAGUAUAUCGGGCCGCCACUAGAUAUGGUCUUUAAGGUGUUACCAAUAUACAUAUGUUUUUCAUGCUUCUUUUAUGGAAGAUGCUUCCCAACUAUGAGUCUAUGAAAAUCUUCGCCAUUCUCUAUAUAUAUAUACAAAGGGGUGAAUCCUUGGCCUAGGGGUCCGGUUGGUUUGCCAUAACUUAGAAGUCACAGGUUCGAAUCAGUCUCUUCCACAUUGCAUGGAAGUUGUUUCUCUUAUGGAUUCAUGUAUGUGGAGGAUGCUUUGUAAUUACAAGAAAUUCUACAGUCCUGGCCUCUUUUAUAUUCUAAAGGACCUCUUGGCUUA